AUGCAUCCCCAAGCACGCACUCUGCUCAAGUCGAUCGAGUGUUUGGAUUACCCGGAAUUUCUGGAUAAGCACUAUAACCGAAUCGAACCUGGGGUCUGCUACCCGUCGUCCGUCUACCUACUUCGUGGUAACCACGAAUGUGCUCGUGUCAAUCGAAAGUAUGGUUUCUGGAAUGAGUGCCUUAUGCAUUUAGGAGAACAAGGUGAAACUAUUUGGGCAAUGUUCCAGGAUGUGCGAAAUACUUCGAAACCAGUACGGAAUCCAUUCCGCGGAGUGAUCAACGACAUGUUGUGGGCGGAUCCUGAUAUGAACAUUUUGGAUUGGCGGACGAGUAGUCGUGGCUCCAGGAUUCGCUUUUGGAUCACACGUGAUCGACGACUUCUGCGAACGUUUCGGCCUGGAACUCAUUGUGCGUGCCCAUCAGGUGAGCUUAAAGGCACAUUUCACAACCCAAAGAUGUGUCUCGAUGGCUUCUGGGUGACACCAAGUCGACGGCUUCUCACACUAUUCUCCGCACCUAUGUAUUGCAAUUUAUACAGGAAUGCAGGAACCGUUCUUGAAGUUGAUGAGCAACUACACUGCAAGCUUAUCGCUAUGAUGCCAGAAUCGCGUGGAUGUCGCGAACGGGUCACGAAGCAAAAUCCGCUUUGGGACGAACGGGAUACAUCUCGAAAUAAGAUGGACCUAAAUCGCUUAGAUCCU